AAUAGUGGUGACUGGUGAGUGCCUUGUUAGAACUUAGAACAGUGUGUGCAUAAAACUGAAAAUCAGAAAGCUUCUUUUAUAGCAGUGCACUCGAAUUGAAUGAAACCGAAAAAAUGGAUCAAUCUCUGAAUCAGAGAUCAACAGCAGCAACAGCAACAGCAACACCCUCGCGUUCUUACCAAAUCCACCCUGCUCGUGCUCCCAUUCUUGAUCUCUUCAACCUCUACUUAGGGCUUGGAAGAAACAGCCGCCAGAAACCCGAUGACUCUUUCCGGGAACCGCCGAACAAGACACAAAAACGUGUACUCGCUGUUAAUCGAGAGCUUCCUCCGCCAAAUGAGCAGUUCAUUCUAGAUUUUGAGCAAAUUCAGAGCCAGUUUCCUGACCAAGAUCAAUUACGUUCUGUGACGGAAGCUAUUCUUAUAUCGCUAGUUCUACAGUGUAGUGGUCAUGGACCACGUGCAGACUUUCUUCUUUUUGUUUUACGGAGCUUAUGCGGUAUUGGGUACAUUAACUGGGAUACCUUUCUGCCAUCCCUUCUUUCUUCAGUUUCUUCGGCAGAAUUGCCUGUUGGUCAACUGAGUCAAGCAGUGCCAGCUGUUCCCUCGUCAACCUUAUCACAGUCAGGAAUGCUGCCACCUCCCAGCAUGAUUGCAAAUUCUUCUAAUUUUCAGUCUUCAAAUCCUGCAUCUCCAUUGCCUUCUGUUCAUACUAUUGGCUCCCCUGCACAGUCAACUAUUGAACCAUUAUCCUGUGCAGCUUUGUCUCCUGUCAAAUCAUCUGAUCUUUCCUCCACUGGACAACAAUCUAAACUAAGAGGUAGUCCGUCUGUUAGAAAUAAUGAUAUUAGUAAUAGUAGCCUUCGCCAACUAUGUUGCAAGAUUAUUUUAACUGGUCUUGAGGCCAUUUUGAAACCUGUGACUUAUGCUGAAAUCUUCCACCAUAUGCUGAAUUGGCUGGUAAAUUGGGACCAGAGGCAACAGGGAGUUGAUGAAUCUGAUAUAUUAAAAUCAUGGAGACCUGACAAAGCUGUAAUUGCAUGGCUACACAGUUGUUUGGAUGUGAUCUGGCUUUUAGUUGAUGAGGGAAAAUGUCGGGUGCCCUUUUAUGAAUUAUUACGUAGUGAUUUGCAGUUCAUAGAGAAUAUUCCAGAUGAUGAAGCAUUGUUUACACUUAUCUUGGAGAUCCACCGGAGACGAGAUAUGAUGGCUAUGCACAUGCAAAUGUUAGAUCAGCAUCUUCAUUGCCCUACAUUUGGGACUCAUCGGAUCCUAAAUCAAACAACACCUAAUAUUUCAGGUGAAGCAGCAGCACACAUGCGACUAUCACCGAUCGCAUAUUUAAGUGUACUAGGAGAACCAUUGCAUGGAGAGGAUAUUGCAACUUCUAUUCAGAAGGGAAGUUUAGAUUGGGAGAGAGCUGUACGUUGCAUAAGGCAUGCUCUUCGUACUACACCAUCACCUGAUUGGUGGAGACGCGUGCUGGUACUGGCUCCUUGUUAUAGGCCUUCAUCUCAAGGGCUUACUUCUGGUGCUGUUUUUUCUUCAGAGAUGAUCUGUGAGGCAACUAUUGAUAGAAUUGUUGAACUAUUGAAAUUAACAAAUUCAGGCAAUAAUCUUAUCUCUCUCUCUGUCUGUCUAUAUAUAUAUAUAUAUAUAUAUAUAUAUGAUUCUAUAAAUUGCUGGCAGGACUGGCUUGUCUUCUCUGAUAUUUUCUUUUUUCUUAUGAAAAGUGGGUGCAUUGAUUUUGUUGAUUUUGUGGACAAGCUGGUUUCACGUCUUACAGAGGGUGAUCAUCAUAUGCUUAAGACAAAUCAUGUGACUUGGCUGCUUGCACAGAUAAUUCGAAUUGAGCUGGUCAUGAAUGCUUUGAACUCAGAUUCUAGAAAGGUGGAGACAACCAGAAAGAUUUUAUCAUUUCAUAGAGAAGACAGAAGUUCCGAUCCUAAUAUCCCUCAAAGUAUCUUGCUUGAUUUUGUAAGCAGUUGUCAAAAUUUACGUAUUUGGUCAUUGAACACAUCAACCAGAGAAUAUCUGAACAAUGAACAGCUUCAAAAAGGAAAGCAAAUAGAUGAAUGGUGGAGACAAGCAAGCAAAGGGGACCGCAUGAUGGAUUAUAUGAAUAUGGAUGAACGGUCAAUAGGGAUGUUUUGGGUUGUGACCUACACAAUGGCACAGCCUGCUUGUGAAACAGUAAUGAAUUGGUUAACUUCUGCUGGAGUUACUGACUUGCUACCAGGAACAAACCUACAACAACCGGCUGAAAGAUUAGUGGCUACACGAGAAGUGAGCCCACUGCCCAUGUCAUUGUUAUCUGGAUUUUCAAUGAACUUAUGUAUGAAGCUGUCUUAUCAAAUGGAAGACUCUCUGUUUUCUGGGCAGGUUGUGCCCAGCAUUGCAAUGGUUGAAACUUACACUAGAUUGUUGCUCAUUGCACCUCAUUCACUGUUUCGUUCGCAUUUCAAUCAUUUGGUGCAAAGAAGUCCUUCUUUGUUGAGCAAGCCUGGGGUAACACUUUUGGUGCUUGAGAUAUUGAACUACCGACUACUUCCACUUUACAGGUACCAGGGAAAAAGCAAAGCCUUGAUGUAUGAUGUUACAAAGAUCAUUUCUGCUCUAAAAGGAAAACGAGGAGAUCAUCGAGUAUUCAGAUUAGCUGAAAAUCUGUGCCUGAAUCUUCUUUUCUCAUUGAGAGAUUUCUUCUUGGUUAAAAGGGAAGGCAAGGGCCCAACGGAGUUUACUGAAACUUUGAAUCGAGUGACUGUUAUAACACUUGCCAUCCUUAUUAAAACUCGUGGGAUUGCGGAUGCUGAUCACCUACUUUAUCUCCAAAAUAUGUUGGAACAAAUAAUGGCUACCAGCCAGCAUACAUGGUCAGAAAAAACACUACGCUACUUCCCUCCUGUUCUGCGUGAAGCACUGAGUAGUCGAAUAGAUAAAAGGAGCCUUGCAAUACAAGCAUGGCAGCAGGCCGAAAACACUGUAAUAAACCAGUGCACCCAGCUUCUUUCACCAUCGGCUGAUCCUAGUUAUGUUAUGACCUAUAUCGGUCAUAGUUUCCCGCAACAUCGACAAUAUUUGUGUGCUGGUGCUUUGAUAUUAAUGCAGGGCCACUCAGAAAACAUUAACCAUGUAAACCUGGGACGCGUCCUGCGAGAAUUUUCUCCUGAAGAGGUGACAUCUAACAUUUACACAAUGGUGGAUGUUCUGCUUCAUCAUAUGCAGGUUGAGCUUCAACAAGGACAUUCCUUACAGGACCUUCUGUUAACAGCUUGUGCAAGCCUUGCCUUUUUUGUUUGGACAAAUGAAUUACUUCCUCUAGAUAUCUUGCUUCUAGCACUUAUUGAUCGUGAUGAUGAUCCACAUGCUUUGCAUAUUGUGAUUAGUCUACUUGAUAGGCAAGAGCUUCAGCAAAGAGUAAAAGUCUUUUGUUUAACUCGGGGGCACCCGGAACAUUGGCUUUACUCAGGAAUAUUCAAGCGGGUUGAGCUACAAAAGGCUCUUGGAAAUCACCUUUCAUGGAAGGAUAGGUAUCCAGUGUUCUUUGAUGAUAUCGCUGCACGUUUGCUUCCAGUCAUCCCCUUGAUUAUUUAUAGAUUUAUUGAAAAUGACGCAAUGGAUCCAGCAGAAAGACUAUUGGCCAUAUAUUCCACAUUGCUUGCUUAUUACCCUCUAAGAUUUACAUUUGUUCGUGAUAUACUUGCAUACUUCUAUGGUCAUCUUCCAGGAAAGCUCAUUGUUCGAUUACUCAAUGUACUUGACAUCAGUAAGAUUCCCUUUUCAGAGUCAUUCCCACAGCAAAUAAGUUCGUCAAAUCCUGUCAUGUGCCCUCCUCUGGAUUAUUUUACGACUCUGUUAUUGGGAAUAGUGAAUAAUGUUAUCCCUCCAUUACAUAACAAUUCAAAAUCUGGAUCAACGGAUGCUUCGAACAAUGCACUGCGUAAUGCACAAAACAAACCUCCGGCAGUAUCUCAGUCUGGGCCAGCAAAUGCUUCUGAGGGCCAAAAGGCAUUUUACCAAAUUCAGGAUCCUGGCACAUACACUCAGCUGGUUCUUGAGACUGCUGUCAUUGAAAUACUUUCCCUUCCCGUAUCUGCCUCUCAGAUAGUACAAUCACUUGUUCAAAUUGUUGUUAAUAUACAACCAACACUGAUCCAGUCCAGCAAUGCUCUCCACGGUGGUUCGAAUGGUGUAGGGCAAGGUUCAGUAUUACCAACAUCACCUUCAGGGGGAAGCACAGAUUCAUUAGGGGCAAGCAGAUCAACACCUUCAGUCUCCGGAAUAAAUACCUCUAACUUUGCUUCUCGAAGUGGUUAUACAUGCCAACAACUGUCUUGCUUGUUGAUUCAAGCUUGUGGCCUCCUACUGGCUCAGCUUCCUUCUGAUUUUCACUUACAACUUUACUUGGAGACAACACGUAUUAUAAAAGAGAACUGGUGGCUUACAGAUGGGAAAAGGUCUCUUGGGGAAAUAGACUCUGCUGUUGGCUAUGCUUUGUUAGAUCCAACGUGGGCUGCACAGGACAAUACCUCCACAGCCAUUGGGAAUGUGGUUGCGUUGCUUCAUUCUUUCUUCAGUAACCUCCCUCAAGAAUGGCUUGAAGGGACCAAUGUUAUCAUCAAGCAACUUCGGCCAGUAACAUCAGUUGCAAUGUUGAGGAUAGCAUUCCGUAUAAUGGGCCCACUCCUUCCAAAACUUGCCAAUGCUCAUGCACUUUUCAACAAGACCCUCUCAUUACUGUUAACUAUAUUGGUGGAUGUAUUUGGAAAAAACACCCAGCCAUCAAUUGCUGUAGAUGCAUCAGAAAUAGCAGAUCUCAUUGACUUCCUCCAUCAUGUCGUCCAUUAUGAAGGGCAGGGAGGGCCUGUGCAGGUUAGCAGCAAACCUCGACCAGAAGUUUUGGCUCUCAUUGGAAGGGCAUCGGAGAGUUUACGUCCAGACAUUCAACAUCUGCUUUCACACCUAAAGCCUGAUGUGAAUUCUUCUAUUUAUGCGGUAUCUCAUCCGAAGUUAGUCCAGAAUCCAACUUAGGUGCAUGAAUAUACUCCGAGUAAAUCAGCAUAUAGCACUAUUUUCAGUUCAAAAAGGUAAAGAAAAACAUAUCUUAUUGUUGAUUCUUCAUGUUAUAUUCCUGUAUAAAGCUGUCUAGCGUAUGACAAGUGCAUAAGUUGAUAUUCCCACUAAUAGAACGAUUCUAAAUCAUGACAAUGAUAGCAGAAUAUGGUAUUUAAACUCGCAAAUUCUCACUAACUUUUUCCUUCGUGGAUUAUUAAGAAGUGAAAAUGUAUAUAGGAGUGAACAUCUUUCUUUUUUAAAUGUAUAUUGAUCUGAACUAUAUAGUGAUAACGCAAUUUAGAUAUUGUAAGAGUCAAGAAUUGUAUAUAAAUUGAUAAAUGUAGCAUCCAUU